UUAUAAAGAAAAAUUAAAAUCAAAACGGUUAACUUGUCCGGAAUUUCAAGGGUUCAGAACUAGGCACAAACCCUGCUCUCUCUUCUUCACCGCCAAUACAGCUUACAAUUCAAAUUAGGGAUUACUUGUGAGCAAAAUGGGAAAGGCAGAGAAGCAAAAAGGGAAAAUUGAAGAAGAAAACGAAGAGGAGAUGCAUGUGAUAGCAGUGAGCAGUGACGAUGACUACGAGGCCAACGAGGAUCUGAGUUUGAAGAUCGUUGAGAAGGCGCUGCUAAAGCGAGAAGCAAAGUUGGCUCAAAACGAUAACCACUGUGUUGUCGUUUUAGACGAUGAUGACGAUGAUGUGCCUAAGAAUGGUAGUGGUGAUGUCGUUGUCUCUGGCGGCGGCAGUAGUGAUGGGAAGGUGGUUGAGUUUUCCUCGUCGUCGCCGUCGCAGGAGGCUGAAGUGGCUGUUAAAGAUCCUUUGUCUGUUAAGAAGAGGAAGAGAAAGAAGAAAAAUCAAAAUAUUGAAACUGGAGAACAAUCUGUCCUUCUUGUAAAGGAAGAUGAAGAGGCAAACAUGGUUGAAAAAGCUGAGACUUUGGAGAAUUCGGAGUCAGAUCAGCCCACAUCGCAAUUAGAUAAAAAUGCGGAUCCAAAUGUUGUUGGGAUAUCAGACAAUAUUGUGCUGCGAAAGCUUCUUCGAGGUCCAAGAUACUUUGAUCCUCCGGAUAGUGGGUGGUCAACGUGCUACAAUUGUGGCAAGGAAGGUCAUAUGGCAGUAAAUUGUCCAUCACUCGAGAAAAAGAAAAGAGCCUGCUUUCUUUGUGGCAGUUUGGAGCAUGGUGUUAGGCAAUGUUCCAAGGAACGAGUUUGCAUUAUCUGUAAAUCAAGUGGGCAUCGUCCAAAAAAUUGCCCAGAGAAACAUAAGGGUUGUCCUGAGAAUUCAAAAGUAUGUUUGAAAUGUGGAGAUUCUGGGCAUGAUAUGUUUUCAUGCAAGAACAAUUAUUCUCUUGAUGAUCUCAAGGACAUUCAGUGUUACAUCUGCAAGAGUUUUGGCCAUCUUUGUUGUGUAAACUUUGUAGAUAAUAGUCCAAGAGAAGUUUCUUGCUAUAAAUGUGGUGAACUGGGUCAUACUGGUGUGGAAUGUUUAGGGUUGCAUGAUGAAGCCACCAUGGCAGCCUCACCUAGUUCAUGCUUUAGAUGUGGUGAAGAAGGACAUUUUGCACGUGAAUGCACAAAUUCUGCAAAAGCUGGGGAUAAGAAUCAUGGAUCUUCAACCCCUGUUCUGAAACCUCAGAGAAAAAAGAAAGAAGCUGCAGGAUUUAAAUCUGCUCCUCCAGAUCUUGGCAAGUCUCGUAAAAAGAGAAAAACCAAGUCUGAACAAAAAAGGAUUAAUACGCCAAAAAAAUCGAAACAAAGAGGUGGCUGGAUCACUGAAGAUCCUGAAGAUUUACAAACACCAAAAAAAUCAAAACAAAGAGGUGGCUGGAUUACAGAUGAUCCUGAAUUAUCCCAUACGCCAAAGAAAUCAAAACAAAGAGGUGACUGGAUUGCAGAGAACCCUGAAUUAUCCUGGACACCAAAAAAACCGAAACAGAGAGGUGGCUGGGUUUCAGAGUAUCCUGAAGACACAUCCCAAUCAAAAUCCAAAAAGAACCAUUGGAGAUCUCCUUCAAAACCAACUUAUAAGAGUCAGAUGUCAGGCUCUGAAUCUUCCAAGAGAAAGCACAAGAGUCAUCUAGGUAUGUCAAGUUCUCAACCUUCUAAGGAUGUGCCAAAUAGUUACUCUGGAUCUUCAGCAUGGCAAGGUUCAGGGACGACUUACCAGUCUCAUUUGGGACCUUCAACAUGGCAAGGUUCAGGUACGGCUUUCCAGAGUUAUCGGGGACCUUCAACAUGGCAAGGUUCAGGUGCGGCUUUCCAGAGUUAUCGGGGACCUUCAACAUGGCAAGGUUCAGGAACGGCUUUCCAGAGUUAUCGGGGACCUUCAACAUGGCAAGGUUCAGGUGCGGCUUUCCAGAGUCAUCGGGGACCUUCAACAUGGCAAGGUUCAGGUACGUCUUUCCAUCAUAGAUUUACAGCAUCAAGAUUUAGCAAUUCUGGCAAUGCUGGGUUUGGAGGAAAUUAUAACUGGUGGUAGUAACAAGCUUGUAUGUAAACAACAGCCAAGUGUGGCUUUUGAAACCAAUUCUCUCUGCUGAUUCAUCCUACCAUGUAACCUUGUAUCAGCCUGUGUUUUGUUUUUAGUUACUUAUUAAUUCAUCCAAUUGUUUUAUACUCGCACAUGAAUGCCCCAAAGAGAUUUAUUCCAUCUUUA